CCUUAGUCUAGGGCAGGUUGUUUUAAUCUACCCGAAACUCAGCGCCUUCACUUGUAAAAUGGGGUUUAUGAUACCAUCUGUCACUGAGUUUUUUGUAAGGAGUUGACAUGGUUUAGAUCUCUGUCGAAAUGUGUUCUUUAAAGAAACAUGGGGUAUGUUUCUUCCUGGUGGAAUGUCGUCAAAUCUUGAUGGAUAAAAUAAAGCAGACAUAAUUCAUCACUGGAAAGAUUAAUUAUACGCUGGCAUUUGAAAUGCUUUGUAUUUAGAAUAACAGUAAAAAUGGAAAAAGGGAAAGUAAAUGAUGAUGGAAAACCAGAUACAGAAAAUUCCUUGGACUUUUCUGAACACUUUAACCAACUUGAAUUGUUGGAAACGCAUGGACACCUUAUUCCCACUGGUACCCAAAGUCUGUGGGUAGGGAAUUCUGACGAAGAUGAGGAGCAAGAUGAAAAAACUGAAGAGUGGUAUCAAUUGCAAGAAAAAAAAAUGGAAAAAGAUCCAAGCAAAUUGCUUCUUUGGGCUGCUGAAAGAAAUCGGCUUACUACGGUGCGGAGACUACUUUCUGAAAAGUCCACUCACGUGAACACUAGAGAUGAAGAUGAGUAUACCCCUCUUCAUCGAGCAGCCUACAGUGGACACUUAGAUGUUGUGCGUGAGCUGAUCGCACAAGGGGCAGAUGUCCACGCGGUGACUGUGGAUGGCUGGACACCCCUGCACAGUGCUUGUAAGUGGAAUAAUACCAGAGUAGCUUCUUUCUUACUCCAGCAUGACGCAGAUAUUAACGCCCAAACAAAAGGCCUCUUGACCCCCUUACAUCUUGCUGCCGGGAACAGAGACAGCAAAGAUACCCUAGAACUCCUCCUGAUGAACCGCUACAUCAAACCAGGUCUGAAAAACAACUUGGAAGAGACCGCAUUUGAUAUCGCCCGGAGGACAAGCGUCUAUCACUACCUCUUUGAAAUUGUGGAAGGCUGCACAAAUUCUUCACCUCAGUCAUAACGGUUCUAAUAAUUUUCCAAGUACCAGUGCCUCCUUUGUGUGAGAUAUGAAAUAUCCCCAUGAUACAGAAUUGACAUCAAAAAGUUUCACUGCAGACAUUCAGUGGUACACAUUCGAACGCCCUUCCGAGUGAAAAUGCCUACCGUUGAUGUCAAAAUGUGUUUGAAAGUUGUUUGGAUGUAUCUUUACUGAUUUAUGUGGAGUUUGUAAUUUUUAUCAGAAAUAAUUUUAACUUCUACUUAAAAACUUGUAACGGGUUGUACAGAAAACUAAUGAUAUUUUUGGUGCUGAUCCAAGAGAAGUGUAUUUUUAAAUACCCCCCCCCCCACCGGAUCUUUGUUGAGUAUUUAGUAUAUUGACAUGUAUUUUUAUAAGGUGAGCUAACUCAGAAUUUAAAAAUCUUAAAUAUACUGGUGCAGGUCAGCUG